AUGGGGCUGCAGGCCGCGCCAUGGCGGGGUGCCUUGCCCGGGGCUGCAGCGCCCACGGCCGACCCUCUCCUUACAGUGACCUCGCAGACGGCCACUGGGGCCAAGCGACGAGAGGAGCCGCUCCGUGGGCACGGGCAGAAGGACAGAGCCUUUUCAGACCCACAGCAGUCCUUGCAGGAGGCACUCUCCAUGCUGGGCAGCGAGGACUGGGAACUGAAGGAGAAGGGACUCUUCAACAUCAAACACCUGGCUGAGUCCCAUCCAGAAAUCCUGCUUUCCAGACUUCAUGAGAUUUGCUUGGCAGUUACCAGUGAGGUGACCAACCUCCGAUCAAAGGUGUCCUGUUCUGCAAUCGUCACUCUGGGAGAGCUCUUUGCCAUCUUGAAGAAGGACAUGGACUCUGAGGUUGAUGAGGUUACUCCAGUCCUUCUCCAGAUGGUGUGGAACUCCCCAGAGUUUGUUCAGAAGGCAGCCUGUCAGACCCUGGAGAUCAUGGUGGAGAAUGUGACUCCUGCACGAGCAAUGAAUGCUCUCUUGGACAGGGGAGUCAAGAGCCGCUACACCCAGGCGCGGAAGUGUGCGGCCGAACUCCUCCUGUCCUUGGUGGAGAAAAUGGGAGUCACCAAGCUCGCGGGCACCUCCAGGGCUGAGAGGCUGGCACAGGUGGCAGGGACACUGGCUCAGGACUGUCACAAGGACACCAGGCAUUAUGGACAGGAGAUGGUGAAGAUGUUGCUGAAUAACCAAAAAUUUAAAAAGCUUUUGGAACAAUCUCUUUCCACCCGUGACCUGGAAGAUAUUCUGAGAAGAAUUAGGAGGAAAGGAAUGGAAAACCAGAAGGGUGAACCUCCAUCUGUCAAGGAGCCGGUGAAGGAGAGGAACGAUGGCUCAAAGAAGCCCCAGGCCACAUUGCCUUCUAGCAAAUGUGUAAAAUCUACCUCUGACCGAUGCCUCCUCCACCGUCCAAAAGCCCAGGUCACGUUACCUGCAGCUGUGGAAGGAAGGGAGUCACUCCAGAAACUUUACCAUCUCCUGGAAGCCAAGGGGUUUCAGGCACGGAUGGAAGGAGUGGCACUCCUCCUAGACCUGGCCAAAACCAGGCCCCAGCUGAUCUCCAGUAACAUUGUCCAAAUUUUUGAUUAUUUUGUCCUGAGAAUAAAUGACACCCACAAGAAAGUGAAGCAGAAGGCGCUGGAGGUGCUGGCAGAAAUCAUUGGACUCCUGGAAGAUGCCCUGAACCCGGUGAUGGUCCGUUUGGUGGAAGGGAUAACAAAGAAUCUGAACUCAAAGGAUCCCGGGGUUCAUGCUGCAGCUGUGAACGCACUGGACAAAUCUGUUGCUCAUUUGGAUCAAGUGUCACUGAUGAAAGAGCUCAGCCACCAAUGGAGCCAACUGAAUGGCCAAGCUCUGCUGGAGGUCACGGAGCGUAUCACAGAUCUUGUGGAGUGGGUUUAUGCCAGGAGCCCUGAAGUGGUCCAGCGCUACGCCCUGCCCGUGCUCUGGUCCUGCCUGGAGAACAAGGCGCUGCCUGUCCGAAGCGCCAACGUCUGCGCUGUGGUCACCAAGCUUGCCUGUGCCCUCUGCGAGGUGAUGGGCACCCAGCUGAUCAAGUGUGCUGAGAGCAAGCCUCCACACGUGCAGGAAAACCUCUCCAGCCUUUUGGGCUGGUGAAGGUUUCAUGUUCUCCAGAAAGCUGACCAAGUUCUGAGUUGGACACCUCCGGAUGGGACUUUUUAGCUGUGCCAAAAAUGACCAAAGACUAAGGAAGGGUGUGCAUCUGCCCCACUCUCUCCAUCGCCCUUCCUAGUCAUGGCAUGGGGGGCCUGAUAAAACUCCAGACUGGGGACAAGGUGAAGACCAAGCAUGAAUCAGCUGCACAAAAAGACCUGACUCGUUACCCUCUUACCAAGAAGUUUUCUCUGCAUACUUCCCAUCGUCUCUUACCCACAAAGUCCUUGCCUUCUGUCCAGAAGAGCUCUCAUUCAUCCAACCUCAGGAAGAAGCUGCUGUGUGCGUGAAGAGUGUCUGAAGAAUAGGAUUUAUGUGUUAGGCUUUAGAGUUAGAGAUGUACAUACGUUCAGAUCUGUAGAUGUAGUUUUGGAUAAGUGUGGUUUGAUUGUAUCUAUACAUUUUGAUUACUUUUUUAAAAUUGCAUAUAUUUUAUUUUGGUGAUUUUUAAAAGUUAAAUAAAUGUGGCAUUCACAUUCCCUGAACAGAUAGAGAGAUAAUUCUCUCUCAGAGGACUUUUCCUGGAGAAGCACAGAGAGAAGAAGAGGAAACAAUUUUCAUCUCUACUUGCUGCUUCUGUUUUUUUGUACAUGUGACUGUGUUAGGAAGAUUGUUUACCUGAAGGGAGUUCCUAAUUGGAUUCUUGUGAUGGUUGUUUAUAUUAAUUGGCCUAUUUGGUCAAA